UGCGCAUGCUCAGUGUAGUAGCCGGUCAUGGCGGCGGUGUGCGUUUGUCCAUGAGGUGGCGGGACGCUCGCUGUUCCCUGCGGUCUGUGACAGAGGCAUCCCAGGCGAAGGCGCUGCCAUGGCUGGAGUGUUCGACAUUGAUUUGGACCAGCCGGAGGAAAAUGUCUCCGACGACGAGAUCGAGGAGGCUCAAAUCAACGACAUCAUGGAUCAGUGCAGUGGAUUUGAGUUCAACAUGGAUGACUGCGAGAAGAUUGAGAUCUCGGAGGACAACGUGAACCAGGGGACGGAGAAUAUCCGGCCCGAGUGCUUCGAGCUGCUGCGCGUCCUGGGGAAGGGCGGUUAUGGAAAGGUUUUCCAAGUUCGAAAAGUCGCCGGUGCGGCACCGGGCAAAAUAUUUGCCAUGAAAGUCUUAAAAAAGGCGAUGAUCGUGCGCAACGCCAAGGACACAGCCCACACCAAGGCAGAGAGGAACAUCCUGGAGGAGGUGAAGCAUCCGUUCAUCGUCGACCUCAUCUACGCCUUCCAGACGGGGGGGAAGCUGUACCUCAUCCUGGAGUACCUGAGCGGAGGAGAACUGUUCAUGCAGCUGGAGCGGGAGGGAAUCUUCAUGGAAGACACGGCCUGUUUUUACCUGGCGGAAAUCUCCAUGGCUCUGGGCCACCUGCACCAGAAGGGCAUCAUCUACAGAGACUUGAAACCAGAGAACAUCAUGCUCAACAACCAAGGCCACGUGAAGCUGACGGACUUCGGUCUGUGUAAGGAGUCGAUUCACGACGGCACCGUCACCCACACGUUCUGCGGCACCAUCGAGUACAUGGCUCCAGAGAUCUUGAUGAGGAGCGGACACAACCGAGCCGUGGACUGGUGGAGUCUGGGCGCUCUGAUGUACGACAUGCUCACAGGAGCGCCGCCGUUCACUGGGGAAAACCGGAAAAAGACCAUCGACAAGAUCCUGAAGUGCAAACUCAGCCUGCCGCCCUACCUCACGCAAGAAGCUCGAGAUCUCCUCAAACGGUUGUUGAAGAGAAACGCCUCGUCGCGGCUCGGAGCUGGAGCCGGAGACGCCACAGAGGUGCAGGCUCAUCCCUUCUUUCGACACAUCAACUGGGAGGAUUUGUUGGCUCGGAAAGUGGAGCCUCCCUUCAAACCGUUCCUGCAAUCGGCCGAAGACGUGAGUCAGUUCGACUCGAAGUUCACCAGCCAGACGCCGGUCGACAGCCCUGAUGACUCCACCCUCAGCGAGAGCGCCAAUCAGGCCUUCCUGGGUUUCACGUACGUCGCCCCGUCGGUCCUGGAGAACAUCAAAGAACGGUUCUCCUAUGAGCCAAAGAUCCGCUCGCCUCGCCGGAUCAUGGGAAGCCCCAGGACGCCGCUCAGCCCGAUCAAAUUCUCGGCGGGCGACUGCUGGGCCCGCAGCCCCCUCCUCACCGGGGGCGGACCCAGCGCCCUCCAGUCGCCUCAGGACCAGGCCAUGGAGCUGUCGACCCCCGAGCAGAUGGACGUGUCGUCGGGCUCCGAGGCGUCGGCGCCGCUCCCCAUCCGUCAGCCCACCGGCCUCCACCUGGCGCACAAGAAGCAGCAGACGUAUCCGGUCGCGGCCAAGCGGCCCGAACAUCUACGUAUGAACCUAUGACCCCACCACGGACUCUUUUAUUAUUAUUAUUCUUUUUUUUUUUCUUUAUUGAUAUUUUUCAAGAAACAAAAGCAAAAAGAAGAUGGAUGCCAGAGACAAUGAACAUCCACAACACUACAGUCGGCGUCGCGAGGCCGAUGAGUGGAACUCUCUCCGGAGGAGGAGCUUCGGCCGUUUUGCGAGAUCAGGAAGUCAAACAAAAGGCGACAAUGUAUCGCUCAGUAUGCAAAGCGGUUAAAACGUAAAAAUUAAUAGCAGCCAGUCUAAUGUACAAGAUGGCGUCCAAAGUGCUUUGUGCUAUUCGAAUGAGUUCCGGUGAGGAAACUGCUUCCAUCGGGAUGUUCUGACAAUAUUUCUCCUUUUCUUCUUAGACAGAAAUAAAAUAAAACGCUUCAAGGCUCAGAAUGAAAUAUGAAAUAUGAUAUGAAGGAGAUUUUUAGGUUGAAAAAUAAGUAAAUAAAUAAAUCAUGGUCGUUGUCGUGAGCAGAGGACAAGUCGUCGUCAUCGUCGUAGGUUUUGUUCCUGACGAUGAACGUAGCUUCACCUCGUAGGAUGUUUUACAGAAGUGGAUUUAUUGCAUAACCGAUGAUGCAGAGACGAAAGGAAAAAUAAGAAUAAAACAAACGUCGACUCGUCGAGUAGAUUAUUGGAUCCAUGCGUCGAGUUCUGUCAGCCCUCGUGAAUCAACAUGAUGCAAACAGUUUGUGACUCACUUCAACCAUCCCCAACGUCAAACUGAUCUCGGUGCUGCUUUGUGUGUCUCACACACAAACAUCUUCAUCCUCAUGCCGCUGCUGCAGCGACGUCUGGUCCGGAGCCGGCGGCUCCAGUCGACCUGGCGUCUGCAACAUUUUACAGCCUCUCGCGUCGGCGUCCACUUGUUGAGGAGGAAAGUUUCAGAAUUCCCAGAAGGCAAGAAAAAUUAAAAUAAAAUGGAAAAAAUACAAAACAAAAA